AUAAAAACUUUUACAAAUACAACGCAAGUUGGCUAGCCUGCAUGGCACAUGUUGACAUGUUUAAAUAAUUUAAGGUUAAAACUUGGAUCAAAACAUCAUUUUCUAAUUUUUUAAUAUAGUGCGGUGGUGUUAGUGUUCCAAAAUGGAAACUACAGAAGAGCCAGCGGAAACUAAAAGAAUUCUGUGUCAGUUCAAAAAUGAGAGUGGUGAAGUUGCGGGUGACAUGGUGGAUCUCCCCCUAACAUGUACUGUACAAGAACUCACGUUAAUAUGUAACGCCUUCCUCAAAACUGAAGAACCUACACCUUACCUAUUCUAUGUUGACGAUGUAGAGAUCAAAAAUACUUUGGAAAGUGUGCUAAACCUUUCUGUAAGAAACACUGAAGAGGUUGUUGAUAUUGUCUACCAACAACAAGCAGUCUUCAGAGUACGACCAGUGACAAGAUGUACCAGUUCCAUGCCAGGUCAUGCUGAGGCAGUAAUAUCAGUAAGCUUCAGCCCAGAUGGUAAAUAUUUAGCCAGUGGAUCUGGAGACACCACAGUGAGAUUUUGGGAUGUAAACACUCAAACACCUUAUCAUACAUGUAAAGGGCACAAUAAUUGGGUACUGUGUAUAGCAUGGUCACCAGACAGUUCUAAACUUGCUUCUGCAUGCAAGGAUGGCAAAAUUAUUAUUUGGGAUCCACUGACAGGGAAACAAAUUGGCAAAACAAUGAUUGGACACAAACAGUGGGUCACAUCUUUAAGUUGGGAACCUUAUCACAAAAAUACAGAGUGCAGGCUUUUGGCAAGUUCUUCAAAAGAUGGAGAUGUAAGGAUAUGGGAUACAGUGUUGUGUAACACUGUGUUAACCAUAUCAGGCCAUUUAAAGAGUGUUACUGUUGUAAAAUGGGGAGGUUCAGGUUUAAUUUACACAGCCUCACAGGACAGAACUGUUAAAGUAUGGAGGGCUAAAGAUGGGGUGUUGUGUAGGACUUUAGAAGGGCAUGCUCAUUGGGUCAACACUUUAGCUCUCAAUACUGAUUACAUCUUAAGAAUUGGUGCAUUUGAUCCCAUAAAAGAUUCCAACAUUGAAAUAUGUGAAGACAAAAAGAAAUCACAGGAAUUCGCCCUGAAAAGAUAUUAUGGAGUUAUUGAAGCAGCACAUGGUGAAAGAUUAGUUUCAGGCUCUGAUGAUUUUACCUUGUUCCUCUGGGACCCAGAAAACAAUAAAAAGCCUCUUGCAAGGCUUACAGGACAUCAACAGUUGGUUAAUGAUGUUAAAUUCUCGCCUGACGGCAGACUUUUAGCAUCCGCUUCGUUUGACAAGUCCAUAAAACUGUGGGAAUCAAAAACAGGGAAAUUUAUUACCACUUUGAGAGGACAUGUACAGGCUGUUUACAUGGUUUCGUUUUCGGCAGAUUCGCGACUAAUGGUUAGUGGAAGCGCAGAUUCCACUUUAAAGCUGUGGAAUUUAACCACAAAGAAAUUGGAAAUUGAUUUACCAGGACAUGCUGAUGAAGUUUUUGCAGUGGAUUGGUCUACAGAUGGACUUAAAGUUGCCUCAGGAGGAAAAGAUAAAGUAUUAAGGCUGUGGCAACAUUAAAAUCAAUAAAAUUAUAAUAUUUUUAA